AUGUGCGUGUCCCUGGACAGGAGCCAGUCAGUGGGAGUGGUGAAGACUCGUCCAGUGAGCCUAGUGUUGCCCAAGAGGUUGUCUGACCGGGAGUCGCCGGCCGGCGCCAUCAUGCCAACCACUCUGGUGAAGGUCACUUCCCAGGACUCCAUUGGCAAUUGCAGUCUCAAUGUGCACGCGGAAGUGGAGCGAAAUCCCUCAGGUGUCGCUGGAAUCACCAGCGUAGCCAUGAAACAUGCAACCCUGAACUAA